AUGUUGGGUCAAGUGUAUGUACAUAUGAUGCACUCUGCGCUAGUUGUGCUAGUCCUAGUCACAUUUAUCUACGCGCAAAAGGAGGAAAACUGGGGCCCCCCACCAGGUCCUCCACCAGAGGGUUUCCCUCCGGGUCCUCCACCCGACGGCUUUGAUGGUCCCCCUCCUCCUCCUCCACCCGGCGGCUUUGAUGGUCCUCCUCCCCCACCCGGCGGCUUUGGUCAUGGUCGUCGACCUCCUCCUCCAAGGGAUAUUCCUCCGGAAUUUGUACGCGUGUUGCCCGCCGACGUAGUGCAGAAGUUAAGAGGUGUACAUAAGAACCAAGCUCUAACGCAUGAGCAACGAAUGGAACAAAUGGAUCGAAUCCUGCAUUCGCUGCCUGACGCAAUACUUGAUAAAAUUCCCCUGCCUCCCGGUUUCGAUAAACUACCGCAAAAGACAAGAGACGAGCUGCGAAAGAUCCAUCGCGAUAGGAGCCUCACUCACCGUCAGCGUUUCCAGAAAAUGAAGCAGAUAAUCAACGCGCUUCCUCCAGAGCUUCGUCCACGACGACCACCUCCUCCUCCACCACCACCACAGUUUUCGUCAUAGAAGCUGAGAUAGUCAGCACCACAUUGAAUACGGAAUUCGCUAAUAAAUAAUGAUGUACUAAAUC